GUAAUAUGAACUAGUAACUAACGAUUAUGGACAAUUUAUAAUUUUCCAAUGGAUUGCAUUUUAAUAAUGGAAAAAUGUGCGUGCCAAGCAAUGAAAUUCUUUAAAAAGCAAGCAAGAAAUAACAACAACUUUGAGUAACACGCGCCAAAGUCGAAAUGUGUAUAUGUAUGUGUGUGUAGCAUGCGAGAACGCUUUGAAGAAAACCAGCGUGAAGCAUAACCUCUGAGUGUGCCAAAAGAAAACACUGCAUCACGGUGAGCUAGCAGCUAUUGGAGCUAACAAAGAAAGUGCAAGCAAUGCCAAUAAAUCCAUAUUAAAUACAUAUAUGUUGACAAAAACAAAAACAAACAAAAUAAAAAACAAUAAUAACAUCAUAAAUCAACACAAGACAAAGCAGAUUUACAUAGAAAAUAUGGGAAAUACCGAAACAAAAACUAAAAGUUUCAAAGUUUCGAUAAAAAGAAAGAAAAAGAAAUAUUUCAUAAAAUUAUUGCACAUUUAUGUAGAAGCUUGUGUUGGAAAAAGAACACCAAAAGCACAACGAAUUCGAACAAAAUUGACGCUCAAGUUGAAGGACAUGGCAGUAUAGCAAGCGCGGAAGUAAAAGCAUUAAUUAAUUUCACUGAAGUGUACUUCUAAUGAGACCAUAAUUAAUGAGUGCCAGCACUAGACGAUUAGUAACUGAAUGAAAUGAGCAAAAACACUAAACAACUAAAGUUUUUAGUUGCCAAAUGCAUAAUUGACGCUAUUUAAUAUUUAUAUUUAUUAUGCUUCUUACAUAUUUGCUCUUAUUUUUUACUUAAGAGAACAUAAUUUACUCACUUUUAUGCUUUAUUUGUUUAAUAAAAGUUGUUUUCGGAAAAAGGCCUCUCAGUCAGCGUCUUAAUUUGGUCCAAAAACUUAAAUUACCAAAAAAACAAAAAAACACAACGUUAGUUUGGUUGUACCGAAGCUAUAAUACCCUUCACAAAUACAAAAGAUUCCUUACAAAAAAUUGGCUCUGAUUGCUCAGUUUGUAUGAUGCUAUAUGCUAUAGUUAUCUGAUCUGAACAAUUUCUUCGGAGAUUGCAUUAGUGUCUUAAAUAAUAACUCUUCCAUACAAGCACUUAAUUCCGAUUGUUCAGUUUGUAUGUCAGUUAUAUGCUAUAGUGGUAGGUCUAGUAUAUAGGCUUUGACCCUGGGAUCCCCCAGUUCUUAGCAUGAAAAUAGUAUAUUAUUUUCCGAAUUUUUUGUGGACUUUUAUUUACAAUAUAUAUCAGACGAGAGAUAUCUCAGCCAGUUUUGGUAAGAAAGUUUGGCUAGCAAGUUGUCAUUCGGUAUAGGUUAUACUAGCCAGCUGUUACGCCAUAUAUAGGCCUACUAGUCCUAACUAAUUUCAUUCGAUAUAAAAUAAAAGUUGAUGCUUUCCUGUUGACGAGUUAAUAAUUAUUUAGUUAUUGUAAGAUUUAUCACAAUGAAGUUAAGUAGGCAUAUACCUACAUAUACUGGAAAACAAGGUGCUUUGGUGCCAAAAUUUAAUGGAUUCUUCCAUAGAUUUUUCUAGUCCUCAUAUAUAAGCAGCAAUUAAACUGAUUUGGAUAUUAUCAUCUACAUAUUAUUAUCUUCGAUGAUUGAGCAAAAAUAGGGCUUUUAUAUUAAGAGAAUUUAAGAUUCGACUUAAUUUUUUUUUUACUUUUAAAUUUUUUUAAACUUCGUUGAGCCUCUUUAACGACUUUUUAAAUGUCAUUUCAGCAUUUACGUGAUUGCACCAGAUGAAAUUCAUAAUUUUGAAAUGAAAAAGCAAACAUUUUCAAACAUAAAAAGUCAAUGUCAAUUUUGAGUCUUUUUUUUAUGAUAUAAAAAAUUUUUUUUUUAUGAUUUUAAUAAAAAUACAAAUAUUAGCAAAAGUAAUCUAUGCAAAUAGAGCCUGAAGCAUCUGCACUUCCCUAACCAAAAUUGAUAAAAAAAAUUAAAAAUAUAUAAAUGCAGAAUGAACAAAUGAGAAAUGCGACUAUAAAACAUAAAUUGUGACUUGUGAGGGCAUAAGAGCAUAAAUCAACGGCAAAUCAAAAAAGAAGUUUAAUGAAAAAGAAAAAAGUUUCACAACACAACGAAGGCGAAAAACAGCGGUUAAAUUAAUAUAUUAUUCAGCAAAACAACAAAACCAACAACACGAACCAAAAAUAUCACACAAUAAAAGCAAACACUUCCACAACCACAGAAAUGUUUCAACGCGACAGGCUACCACAUCAAUGUGGCAUGCAAGAGCGACGGCAUCAACAUCAGCAUCACUUGCCACGGCCGCUAAAGCUCAUAUUGGCGUUAGUCAUCAUCAUUUGCUUGAAAGGAACAAACUGCUUUCAAAGAUUCUCAGAACAGCCAAAGUAUACCGAAGUCAAUCCGGGUCAGGACGCCUUAUUAACGUGCAAAGUAAUCGAUAAGCGGGGCACAUGUUCAUGGCAGAAGGAUAACAAGCCUGUUGGAAUUUAUGCUAAGAAAUAUGAAUGGGCCGCCCGUCCUUCCAGCAGCAGUAACGGUAAUCUACAUUUAGACCUACAUCCGCCUCCUAUGCAAAUUGGCGGCGAUUGUUCGCUGUGGAUACGUUCGGCGACGCUUGACUUCGACGAUGGCUUGUGGGAGUGCCAAGUGACGGCGAGUGAUUUUACAACACAAGAUGCACUCACCAGUCAGCCAGUACGACUGGUUGUCAGAGUGGUGCCACAACGUCCACGCUUGGAGUAUGAGGGCGCACAUGUUCCACCCGGACAUAAUAUCACCAUCGACUCGGGUGCUCUGGCGACCGUUAAAUGCGUAUCGCACUAUGGCAAUCCGCCAGCGACACUCAAUUGGUAUCUCGGUGACCAAGAAAUUCAACCGAUUCAUUCGCAAAUCAACAACACCGAACCGGAUAAUCCUCGCACCUGGUCGGCGACAUCAGUCGUGCAAGUGACAACGAUGCGUGAACGUCAUGGUGAUAUUUUGCGCUGUCUGGCCCAUCAUGAGUCUUAUACGGCGAAAUCUGUGCCGGUUGAGGCACGUUUGGAUGUAAAAUAUGCGCCAACCAUCCGUCUAAUUGGCUCACCGGAAAUCGACUUAGAGGAGGAUAAGGAUGCGCUUAUUCUGCGUUGCGUUGCCGAUGCCAAUCCACCGGCGAGUAUUGUGUGGCGGCGUGCGGGCCGUUCGGAAAUCGCCAGUUUGCAGGAAACACUGCAACUACGUCCUGUAGGCCGCCGUGAUGCCGGACUCUAUACAUGUCAAGCGCAAAACUCUGUGGGCACCUCAGAGCAACUCUCCGUUCAGUUGGACGUUAAAUAUCCACCAAAAAUAGUUUCGGCCGGCCCGGAUCGGCUUACUACAGCGCCACUAUUCAGUCCAGCCGCAUUUGAGUGUGUCGCCGAGGGGAAUCCAAUGCCCAGCUACAAAUGGGUGCAGAGAAUUGCGCACGGCUCCAAGUUUGUGGAGCGUGGCAGUGAGCCACGCCUUGUUAUUGACAAUGUCACUUACGAUUAUCAGGGUGAAUACGAAUGCCGUGCCACAAAUUAUAUUAAUGGGCAGGAGCGCGUUGCUGUCUCCGAACCGAUUUCAUUGCAAGUUGUGGGCGCACCACAAGUACUGCGCCCACAUCCAUCGAUGCACACAAUAUCGGUAAAACGUGGCCAGCCGGCCGUUAUGUCACUGGUGGUUUGUGCAGAUCCACGACCACAUCGAGUCUCAUGGGAGUGGGGCUCUUUGCGACUGGAAGCUGGUUCAGGAAUUGACCGCUUUCGUGCCGAUGAUAUGUUGCAGGAUUCACGCGAGGAUUGCUAUCUCUCCACUUUGCAUAUUCUACACACGGAUGAGCACGAUUCGCGUCCCUACUAUCUAGUUGUGGAGAAUGAGCGCGGCACCGAUCGGCAUGCCAUUCAUUUGAAUGUGGAGGGUACGUUUACAGAACCACUGGAGAUGAGCUAUUUGCUCGGCAUCGCCGGCGGCUGCCUGGCCGCGAUACUCAUUUUAAUCUGUCUUUGCAUUUAUGCGGUGCGCAGCAAAAAAUGCUGCUUCAAAGGUAGUUCCGGCUAUAAAUCAUCAGAUAAAGACAGUGAGAAAGCCGAUUUGAAAUCACGUUCGGACAGUACCAGUGGUCCACAGGGUGAUUCGAUAUAUACCACGCCAGCUGGCUUUCAUCAUCAUCAACAACAGCAACAGCAACAACAAUUGCAACAGCAUAAUCAACAAGCGCAACAACAACAACAGCAACAGCAUCAUCAUUUACAAACCGCACACGGAUCACCGGAGGCAAUGAAGUUAAAGAAUUUACAAAUUGCAAGUAAGAAUGACGAAAGUGAGCCCGAGGUGUUAAGUCUUACUACUACAACUACAAUAAACGCACUCAAAGCAAUUGACAGCACUUAUUCAAUUAAUGAUUUGGCUACAACAACUAAUCUAACUAACAGCAUGCAUAUAGCAAGUGAUGUAAAUGACAUUGUCGAAUCUAGUUCUAUUGAAUGUCAUGCAAAUACAAUAACAACAACAGCUGUAAUCUAUACGCUACCCACACCUGCGAAGCCAUCAUUGGCGCCCAACUCAAGUCCGGUCAAUGCCCAUCUCACUCCAGCGCCACUACCCGACACUAGCACAACUAAAGCACAGAAUGAGACUUUUGUUUGAAAAAUAUAUUAUAAUUUCUUUCUUUAAAAAUUUGUAAAUUUUCAUUUGGGAAAAUGUAUUUGUAAUUAUACUAACAAAUUUUAUAAUUAAUUAUAUAAAAUAUAAAUUGUAAAAUAUUGACUAAAUAUAAUUUACGAAAUAAUGCAGCUUUAUGUUUAAUAUGGAAUUAUUUUCAUUUUGAUUUUUCUUUAGUUUAAAAUGUUUUCAUAUCUUUUUUUUUCUUUUUGUAUUUAAUAUUAAUAUGUGUGAAUGUUAGAGACCUUAAUAAAGGCAAACGAAAACAUUUAGUCACAUAAGCACACUGUACAUAUUUUGUUUUAUUUUAACUUAAUUUUCAUUGUUUUUGUAUUGACAAUUAUUUCACUAUUGUUUCAUUAUAAUUAUUAUUUUAAAGAAUUUUACAUUUCUCUAAACGAUUAUUCUUUUUAAUUUUGUUAACUCAAACUUAUUUAUGUUAAAAUUUAAGUCUAAAAUAGAAUUUUAAUUGAAGCGCAAAACUAAUGAUGCAAUGUGAUAUCUUAUCAGUAACUAAAGAUGUUAGCACACAAAUUAUUUUUAAGCAGAGAUUAAAAUAUUUUUGGUAAUCAUAUGCAAAAGUACUAUAAUGUACUGUGGUGCCAUGUUAUUUAAAUUUAUGACGAAGAGAAACAUUUCAGCGUCACUACUUUUGAGAAACAUAACCUCAAUGUCUUAUCAACUCCACUUUCAAACCAGUUGAAGUAGUUUCUACUACAUUCAAGCUACACAAAGGAGUUAAACUCACAAUAGAUAAACUCUUCUCCAAAUAUAACACUACUGUUUCUUUUAGUUUAACCACAGAAUAAAAUAUGAGUAUCUUAACUGAAAUGAAACUUAUUAAUCUACCUACACUUUCUAGUCGUAGGGAAAUGCUUGACAUAACAUUCUUAAUUAAAAUCUUGAAUGGAACAGUUUGCAGUUCUUUUCUCCUGUCUGAAAUUAAAUUUAAUUCCCGGUUCGCUUUUCGAGACAGUUUAGACCUUUACUGUUAAAAUCGUGUAGAUCAAUGAUAUAUUUCAAGAUUUUAUUUCUCAUUCGAACACAUUUGACUUAUCUCACUCACUUUUCAAAAUUAAAAAGACUUCAUUGUUUUCUCUUAAUAAAUGAAAAUGUAACAAUUUAUUAUAUCGUAACUAUAAAUUUUAGCUGUAGAAAUUUUUGUUUCUGAAGCUGAGCAGUUUUAGACCUCAACACUUAAAAAACUCUCUUGCCUUUUCUAAUUCGGCUAAUUCCGCACGUAUGCACAUAUACGAAUUGGGUUAUUAUAUAUUAUAUUAGAAGGAUAUUAAAAUUAUUAAUUAAUAUAUCCCCUAGAACCUUAACUUCUUUCUAUAUGACAUGAUUUGUAAUCUCUCUUUGAAAAGAGCAAAUUAAAGCUGAUUUACCUCAAGCCUGAUACCUUUAACAAUUUCAAACUAUGUUUUGUGCCGACUCAAAGCCGACUAUGACCUCUCUUUAUCACAUUGCCUUUUCACAAAGAAUAAACUUUCGAGAAUUUUUAAUAAUAAACUACUUGACUUACUAGGUAUUUUCAUUAGAGUCUUUGUUUCCUAUAUGUUAUCAAAGCUCUGAAUUCAAUAGUAUUACAAAUAUCCUCCAUAAGCACAUCUAUGAAACAAUACGCUUACUCUUAAGAGAUGCCCAUUAAUCAUCACAUUACUAGAUCAACGUUCUUAAGCAAAGCAUAAGGGAAGUGAGUUCAACUUAAGGUCGAUUGAGUUAAGCGAAAAAUACUAAAAAAAUUUUUCUGUGAAGUCAAAUAACUCACAUAGAAAGUAUUGCAUCUAGUAUAUUCUAUCUAAAUCACCAUCUACAAUAUUCCUCAAUUGCUUGGACUUUUGUACAGAAAAACAUGCUGUGAUCUAAUUGCAUUUAUUUGAUAUAUAUCCUACCUGAAUUUUAGUAAAUAAACUAGCAGUUUCUUAGAUCUUUUUUACUUUGAAGAAUAAAUUAAUUACCACGACCAUCUAAACUAAAUUACCUGCUAAACCUGAGCCCUCGAAAAGUCUUUUAAGCAGGUGCAGAAAUAAUAUUGUGUAUAUAUACUUACUAUGCUUUUUCCCCGUUUAGUAGCCUGACUAAAGUUGACUGUGGAGACGCCUAUUUAAACCGAUUGUUAAUUGGGUGGUAUAAAUAUAUAACUAAUAAUUUUAAAAGUAAACCAAUAUAUUAAAUUUAAAUGGGGGUUAGGAUAAAACAAGACAAACCUUAACUUCUGUUGUACCGAAGCUAUAAUAUUCUUCACAAAUACAAAAUAUUAAUUACAAGAACUUGAUUUCAAUCGGCCAGUUUGUAUGACAGCUAUAUGUUAUAUUUGUCCGAUCUGUACCAUUUACAAUAACGCAUGCUAAAUUUCGUGAAUAUAUCUCGUCAAAUGAAAAUUUUUUUAUAAAAGCACUUUAUUCAGAUCGUUCAGUUUGUAUAUGAGCUAUAUACUAUAGAAAUCCGAUAUCGGCGGUUCCGCUUAUUAUUGCUUAUUUGCAGCUACUUUGCAAAAUUUCAAAUCGAUAUCUUAAAUGUUGGGGACUAGUUCGUGUAUAUACAGACAUGCUGAUCAUUUAUAUUAGUAUACACUUCGUAGGGUCUCCGACGUUUCUUUCUGGGUGUUACAAACUUCGUGGCAAAGUUAAUAUAGGUUCAGGGUAUACAUAUUGAGGCUUUUAGUUUUUUUUUUGUUAAAAAGUAAGUAUUUGACUCAAAAAUUUAUUAAUUCCAUAUCUAAACCUAUGUAUAUACACAUAUUCAAAAUAGAAGACCUUUUUAGUUAGUUGGAGACACAAUUAAUUUUACUACACAAUUUGCUAUUUUUGCAACAUUUAUAUAACUGUUUAACCUUGUAUGAAUGCAUUCAUGUCGUCUUGCAAAGCAUUGUGUUAAUUCAGAUGCUCAAUCUGAUCGAAAUUAUUUAAAAUUUUUAAUACAAAAAAUAUAUUUACAAAUGCAAACAAAUGUAUGUAGACACACACAUAUGUAUAAGUGCAUACUUGCAUACAAAUUUAUUGCGGCACACCCUGUAUGCAUCCUUUAUGUGAUCCUUCGCCACUUUUAAUCAUUUAUAUAAGUAUUUUCAUUCCAAUUUUCGAUCGGCGACAAGCAAAUAAUGUUAUGUAUAUUUGUAGGAAAACUUCCUCUAAAGUUUUAAAAUGAAAAUUUUCCUUAAAAUACAUACACAUAUACAUAUAUGUAUACUUAUUCUAUGAACUUAUAGUAAUUUAUCGCUCUUCUUUACCUUGCUAUCUUCCUCUAUUAGCUAAACUAUAACAUUUUUAUAUCUGUACAUAUUCAUCUACUAUAAUAAUAUACAUAGUUGCAUACAUACUAAUAUACAUAUAUAAAUAUAUAUAUAUAUAUAAAAUCGUACAUAAACUGUUAAGCUAUUUACGAAUUGUUUAAUAUAAAACUAUAAUUACAAACAAAUCAAACAUAAAUAUUACGUAUGAACAUAAUUACACAUUGCGCAAAAGCAAACUAUAAAUAGCUAAAAAGAAAGAUAAAAGGAAAGACAAGAAACUAUGUUAAUAAUUAACAUUAUGGUGUGAAUUAAUUAAAAUAAAUGAGAUUUAUAAAUAUUUGAAAGCAAAAAAAGUGUAUAUCGAAUAAAACGAUU